UGUCCCGCAGAGGUUUAGUGUCGACAUGUUUUCAUGGGGAGAGGACAGCCUGCGCGGCUUCAGACUGAGAGACGGCUCCACCGUCGACAGUCCUGCAGGUGAUGGAGUCCAAAGUUUAAACCUGAAUUAUCUCAUCACGGAUCUGUCAGCAGGUCACAAUGUGCUCGCUUUCGUUAAAAGUAACGGAAACUCCUUUAUUAUUCGGACAAUUGAGAGCAAAGACGGAAGAAGAGUCAGAGGAAAACAGAAGUUUGUGACGUGUAAGGAGAAGAUUCAGGCUGUGAGCUGUGCUGAUGAUGUGGUCACGCUGCUGUCUGAGACAGGAAAAGUCCUCUGUGUGGACGCAACUCACACCUACAUUCCUAAGCCCCUGGAGGCUUUGCGUAACAUCACAGUAUCUCAGGUUGCGUGUGGGAGCCAGCAUUCAGUUGCCCUGACCAAAGAUGGUCAGGUGUACACGUGGGGCCAAGACUCCAGGGGCCAGCUGGGUCUGGGGAAGAAGACACCCGGCGCCAAUUCACCACAACACCUCAGAUCUCUGUCAGCGAUCCCCGUGGUCCAGAUCGCUGCAGGGGGGGAGCAGAGCUUCGCCCUCUCUGUCUCCGGAGGUGUCUUCAGCUGGGGCAGAAACGACUGCGGACAGCUCGGACUGGGAGACACAAAAGGCAGACACACACCGACAGCUGUUCUUUGUCUGAACAUGAAGAAAAUAAUUCACGUUUCUUGUGGAAAGGACCACACCGCCACACUGACAAAGGAUGGUGCAGUGUUCACAUUUGGCUCUGGUCAGUAUGGACAGCUUGGGCACAACUCAUUCAGCAAUGAACUACGACCUCGGCUUGUCGCAGAGCUCUGGGGGGCAAAGGUCACCAAGAUUGCAUGUGGACGACAUCACACUUUGGUGUUGACGGACUCAAAGCAGCUCUACUCCUUUGGCUGUGGGGAGCAGGGGCAGCUGGGACGUGGAGAGGAGAGUCAUCCGUCUGUGCCGCUGCCUGUUCAGCUGCCACUGGACACCACUGAUGACACUCAAAUUAGAAACAUCUUCGCAGGAGAACACUUUUCAUUUGCAACAUGCUCGUCUAACAAGGAUGUUCACGAGGAGUCUAACACUAACAGUGGAUACAGUGUACCACAUCAUUGUCUUGACAACAUGAUUGACAAAUGGACCUCUGAAUGUGACCCAAAGUCAUGGAAAAGGAUCAAACAGGAAAUUCACAGGAUAUUUUCUUCUGCAUCCUGUGUGAAUACAAGCUUCCUUGAGCAAAGCAAAGAUAAACAUUUCCAGACUUCACCAAAGUACUCUGGCUUGAACUUGUCACUUGCACGACUUGCUUUCAAGAAACUGGUAAAGAAGGACAAUGUUUUCGCAGAGGUCGAGGCUGCUGUGCUGCAGCUGCUUCCCUCUCUUGAACGGAGGCCGGUGGGCGUGGAGGGUUUGAGGAUCUUCCUGCUUCUCAGUGAGCUCCUGCAUGUGAUCCAGAGAAAAAAACGCAACCAGACAAGCACAAGGCUCGCUGAGGCGGUCGCUGCUGCUGUACUAAACCUGUCUGCUGACAGCCUCCAGGUCAUAGGGGACUGGUGGUCGUCACUGUCGCCCUCCACCAUGGUUAAACAUGUAAAGGUGUGGAAGCAGGCCCUGUCGGUGAUCCUGUCCUUUGAGCCUGUUCCUCGCAACUCUGGAGUCAGAAACCUGCUUCUCGUCCUGCAGUAUAUGUACAACGCCAACAGCAGGAUUGCAGAACCUCGGAGGAUGCCGGAAAGCGAUUUCUGUUUGUCGAUGGACAAAAAUUUUCUUCGUGAGGAUCUGCAGCUUUGGCGUUUACAGUCGAAACGUAAGAAUGGACGUGCUGAACCACUUAUUCUGUGUAGCUUUCCAACCUUGAUGGAUCUGGAGGCAAAGCAGUUUGUUUUUUAUGUGAAUUCUUCUUACUCCCAGAAAGAGGCAAUGGAGAGGGCUCUCUUUGAGGCCAUUCGGGACUAUGGGUUUUUUUCCCUUCUGCCUGAUGACCCGCUCUUCAAACUGGACGUGAGGCGAGCAGCAGUUCUGGAAGACACAAUGGACCAACUUGCUGUCGCUCAUCAACGUGACUACAAGCUUCCACUUGUGGUUGAUUUUGAUGAAAACUUCACAGCUGACGAUAUACAACUCUUCAGAAAAGACUUUUUUUAUGAAGUGUUUCACGAGAUGGUGUCAGCUGAAUCUGGGAUGUUCAUGUUCAACGACUCCAAAACGCUGGCAUGGUUCUCCUCCAAAGCAACACAGGACGACCAGAGAUACUUCCAGUUUGGAGUUCUUUGUGGACUGGCUUUUUACAACAGGUGCAUCAUUCACUUACCCUUCCCACUGGUUCUGUUCAAGAAGCUGCUGGGUAUAAAGCCGUCGCUGAGGGAUAUGACAGAAUUCGAACCAUGUCUUGGAGAGAGUCUGCGGAAAAUCCUCGAAUACUACGAAGAGGAUUUCAUAGAAUGCCUCUACAUGGAUUUCUCUAUCAACUGGGACGAGACAGAUGUUGCCCUUGAUCCUGAAAAUCCAGAGAAGCCAGUGACAGGUCAAAACAAGAAGGAGUUUGUGGAUGCCUACGUGAAUCAUGCCUUCAACGCAUCAGUGGAGGGUGUGUUUAGGGAGUUCAAGCGUGGCUUCUUCCAGGUGUGCGACCAGGAUUUGGUGAAGCUGUUUCGACCAGAGGAGCUGCAGGAAGUGAUGGUGGGCAAAGACUUCCAUGACUGGGCAAAGCUUAAAGAGAACACAGGUUAUGAGGGGGAGUUCAAUACCACACCACCACACCCCACCAUACAGAUGUUCUGGGAGGUUUUUGAUGAACUAACUGAGAAUCAGAAGAAAGCUUUCCUGUGGUUCGUGACUGGUUUUGACAGAGUGCCCAUUCUUAACAUGGAACAGCUCAAGAUGAAAAUCAAAGUCAGACUAGUCGAGGACCUCUCCUAUGACCAGUACUACCCUCAGACACAUACGUGUUUCUCAACCCUGGAACUGCCCUUGUACUCAACCAAGGAGAUCAUGCAAACCAAGCUGACGGAGGCCCUGAGCAGAAAUAAGAGGAUCUACCAGGGAUGAGCUUUGUAAUAGAGCAGUACCUGUGUAUAAGCAAACAUGAGGCUCUCUAUGCUGAUGAUGAUGUGUGGUGGGUGUUCAUCAAAAAUGUUUUUCUCAUAGUGAAAACACUGAUAUAGGUGAUAAUAUGAUGUGUAUAAAUAGGUUGCAUGAAAAUCUUUAAUAAGUGAUUUAAUUUGUUUUCUUUUGCAUCUCCUCUGGAAGUAGAGUUGGUUAUAAUAACAAUAAAUGUAACAAUAAAUGGUCCAUAAUGUGUACAGUAAAUGAUACUCUAUAUUGUAGAGAUUGUAAAUAUUUAUUAUAUUAAGUGAUAUUUCCCAAAAUGUGAAAUCUAACAUAGGAAAUAUUUGUAACAUAUAUGAUUUUUCAAGAUGGAGUAAUAAAAAAAAAAAAAUCUUAUUUGCUUCUCAGUGGUGAAAUUAUUAACCAAUAAAAAACUCAACAUAGGUAUACUGUAAGAUCAAAUCAAAAACAAGUCAGAAAUAUUUUUGUACAUUUCCUCCUUUGAGUCCUAAAUAAACGAACUUUAAUCAGUAUUGUUACAGACGUACAAAACACUACAAGCUGUUAAAUUUAGCUUAGAACCAAUUUAUGUCAUCUUUGCUACUCUUGCAGUCUUAGUAAAUGCUGACUUAUUAAA